GGUAGUGUAGAAAAAUACUUUUCUAUAAAUUUACUAAUUUAAUAAUUAAAAAUACUUUAAAAUAAACAAGGCAAAAUGCCUAAAUAUUAUUGUGACUAUUGCGACACAUAUCUAACGCAUGAUUCUCCCAGUGUGCGAAAAACACACUGCACUGGUCGCAAACAUCGUGACAAUGUCAAAUUCUACUAUCAAAAAUGGAUGGAAGAGCAAGCCCAACAUUUAAUUGAUGCUACCACUGCAGCAUUCAAAGCUGGUAAAAUUUCUCAAAAUCCAUUUGCAACAGCACCACCAAAACCUGGUGGUGUUGCUAUUCCACCACCAACAAAUAUCGGUCCACCACCACGACCGGGAAUGAUGCCCCCAGGAAUGCCGCCAAUGAUGAUGGGCGCUCAUGGGCCGAUACCUCCACCAAUGAUGGGUAUGCGUCCACCGCCGAUGAUGGGUCCGAUGGGAAUGAUGGGACCACCACCGCCAAUUGGUGCAAUGGGAAUGCGACCGCCGUUAGUUAAUGGACCUCCUCCAAAAUAAUGAUAGUAGUUUAAUGUCCUCGUGUAAUUUUGACUAAACUCAUAAACAAAAAUUGUUAAUUUAAGAUUUUUAAAUAAAAUGUGUUCAUAUAUAUGGAAUACAGAAAA